AUGGAGGUGGUGGCCAAGGGCGUCGGAGCGGUGAGGGAGUACAUGGACAAGAGGCUGCAGGCCGAGGAGGAGCGGCGGAAGAGCGCAGCCGUGGCCGCUGAGAGCCCCAAGGCAUCGUCGCCAAUUGCGUGGCUGUCCCGGAGCGUGUCGUCUCUGAGCACAUGGGUUUCGGACGUCACCGGACCGGAGAAGGCGGCCGAGGACGACAAGUUCCUCGAGCAGGAGCUGUGA